AUGCUAACCGGUGACGCGCACUAAUGCCCUCUUGCGGUAAGGCAUGGUUAGCGGAAUUGCAUGUCGCGAACUUCACUCCUCAUCUGCUCGGGAUUCUGGCUUCGGCACUUUCAUGGGAUUAUCUAUCAGAAGCGCGCAUGAGCCCUCGGAAGGCUAUGGUAUGGUGGCCAGUGCGAGCCCCAGACCAACGCGUGUUACCGUUUUGGCCGUGGACCUCGGCUCGAAGCUCUUAGUGCAUCUGACGAUCCGACAACCUACUUAAUCAUCAUUCUAAACAACCCUCAAUCUCCUCCAUCAUCCCAAUCAUCAAUUUGCUAUCACAAUGAAGCCAACACCAGACUGGGUCAAGCAGCUGAAGCCUUCAGGCGUUCAAGGCCAUGAAUUGCUCAAGGCUGAACGCGCCAACUCCAAUGUCCCCGUCCAAGAGCUAGAAGUGCUUCUACACACUCAAGAUGUCAUCGACAGAAGGAAUAAGAUUCUUGACAUACUCAAAUCCGAGAAAGUCUUCGAUAAAUCACAGAACUACUUCAUGGGGAGGAUCGAUAGGUUCGAACGCGCGCUUGCAAGGGAGAAGAGGUUGAGGAUAUUAAAGAAGCAACACAACUGGUCCUUCGAGGAGUUCCGGGCUGCCACAGAGCUCGUUGGAGAACCAGGACCAUACGGACUUCACGACAGCAUGUUCAAGGUUACACUCGAGGGCCAGGGUACACCGGAACAACAAGAGAAGUGGCUUACCAAAGCCAACGACUACAAGAUCAUCGGAUGCUAUGCCCAAACUGAGCUUGGCCAUGGUUCAAAUGUUCGUGGACUUGAAACAACAGCAACGUGGAACAAGGACGACAAGACCUUCACCAUCCACUCGCCACACUUGACCGCCAGUAAAUGGUGGAUCGGAUCCCUGGGCAGGACAGCCAACCAUGCUGUCGUCAUGGCUCAGCUCGUCAUUGAUGGCAAGUCCUACGGACCAGCGCCUUUCUGCGUUCAAAUCCGUGAUCUGAAGACACAUGAGCCUCUUGAAAACAUUCACAUCGGAGAUAUUGGUCCUAAAUUUGGUUACAACACCAUGGACAACGGUUUCCUCCUGUUCAACCACGUCAAGGUUCCGCAUAUCAGUAUGUUGGCCAAGUACACAUUUGUUGACCCCAACACAAACAAAUUCGGUCGCCGUGGUUCUCCAUCUCUUGUCUACGGUACCUUGACUUGGGUCCGAUCGACCAUUGUUAUGCAAGCCGGCAGUGUGCUUGCUCGAGGUGUCACCAUCGCAACCCGUUACUGCGCUGUGCGUCGUCAAUUCCAGGAUCGAGAUGCUCCUGCUGGUGUGGAUGAGACCCCUGUUCUCAACUACACCAUGGUGCAAAUCCGGCUGCUCCCUCUUCUCGCUGCCACUUUUGCACUCCAUUUCACCGGAAAGUCGAUGAUGGACAUGUACCAGGAGAACCAGAAGAAAAUUGCUCAGGGUAAUGCCACCAACGCACCAAGCAAGCGCGGCGCUGGGCCAGAGGAAGUCCAGUCCGGCAGUGACAUGUUGGCAGAUUUGCACGCUUCCUCGUGUGCGUUGAAGUCUCUCAGCAGUUCGAUCGCAGCAGAGGGUCUGGAGGUCUGCCGAAGAGCUUGCGGUGGUCAUGGCUACUCGAGCUUCAGCGGUAUCGGACCCUGGUACUCUGACUAUCUCCCUACUACAACAUGGGAGGGAGAUAAUUACAUGCUGACCCAGCAAGUUGCACGAUACAUGCUCAAGUCAGCCCGCUCCGUACUCAAGGGCGACAAGCCAACAAACGAUACCACCCAGAUUCUAUCGGAGUUCUACUCGCGUCGUGAAAUUGGCUGCGCAUUUGACGUAAUUGGCUCUGACAGUGAUCUCGUCGCCGCCUUCGCCUGGCGCGUAUCGUUCCUCACUUUCGAGGCCAGCAAGCACCGCGAUGAGCAGAAGAAGCCUUGGAACGACCUACUCGUUGACUUCUACCGCCUCAGCAAGGCCCAUGCGCAGUACAUGGUUGUGAAGAACAAUCUUUCCGCGCUCAAGAACAUCGAAAAGGAGGGCAAGGUCGACAAGGCCAUCCUUGACGUGCUGAUGAAGUUGUUCCGCCUCUUUGCUCUACAUACACUUGAGCAGGAAGGUUCCGAGUUCUAUGCUUCCGGUGCGUGCAGCAAGCACCAAAUUUCGCUUGCAAGGACCAAUACCGUCAUGAACUUGCUCAAGGAAAUCCGACCACACGCUGUCAGGCUCGUGGACGCUUGGGGCUUUGACGACUGGGUCCUUGACAGUAGUCUCGGUCGCGCUGACGGAAAGGUUUAUGAAGACAUGUUCUACAGAGCGAGCGAACUCAACCCGCUCAACAACUACACGGUGGACCCAUACCCAGAUAGCGAUGUUUUGUUCAAGCGUAUCGAGAAGAGCAAGUUAUAGGAAAGAGCAUCUUUUUAUAAACAUGUAAUUGUAUUUGAGCAGAAUGAUAGAGGGGAGACUUAGACACAGAGUCUGUAUAACUACCAAAUUUUGUUCUAUUGCAAUAGAGAUGAAUUCUUGUGCAGGUCACUACUUGGGUAUGUAGCCCACGGGUAAUUUGAUCCGAGAAAGUGGGGGCG